AUGUCCACCACUGACAUCACGGGGUUCAGCUCGGCCCCGUCAACUCCUCGUCCCCAUUCCACAACAGCGUCAUCAGAGGUUCAUGGCGGUCAAAUGUUCUUUGAGUUUGAUGCACCCGAGGCCUUCAUCUCACCACAGUUGUUCGCCGUGAAUCCAAGUGGCAAUAUGAUCUACUCGGUGAAGAUUGACAUGAAACUGGCGCUGGAUCCAGAUACGCAGGAGGUUGUAAUCAUAGUCGGCAGUCGACUACUUUGUCGUUGUUCUAUACAUACUGGAAAGAGAUUGGCCAGCAAAACUCUAAACAACGACGAUACUACCGUGUACUUAAUUGCUAGUCAACUAUGA